CAACGCCUAUCAGCUUCGGACUUCCCAAACGUGAAACGAACCUUACUUGAAACUCACGCCCUUCCAGCUUGCUAUGGAUCAGGAUUCUUUCAGGCAGCUCCUUCAGAAACCUCGAGCACCUGGUGCGACACCACAGCUCAGAGGAGCUCAAGGCGCAUCUCUAUUGAAGCAGAAAGCUUCGGGAUCCUCUGCGCCAACAUUCAAGCCACGCAAAGUGAAGAAGACUGAACUUAAAUACCGUGAUAGGGCCGCAGAGAGGCGCGAUGGCGGGAAAAGUGACUAUGCUCAGGUAGAAGCUGUUCUCGAAAAUUUCGAACAACGGACAGCAAAUGAUGAUAAAGAUACUGUUGAUGAGCAGCGCCAGUAUCUUGGCGGAGACAGCGAACAUACGAUUUUAGUGAAGGGCCUAGAUGUGUCUCUGCUAGAGCAGAACAAAGCUCGGGCGGCUGCUUCUACCGAAGAUGACGAUACCCUUGAGCAAGCUUUUCUCGAAGCCUCCUCGGAACCCACCGCACAAAAUAAGAGGACUCGCGAAGACAUUAUUCGGGAGCUGAAGGCCAAAAGGAACGGCGAAGGUUUGCAAUCCACCGACACCACCGCUGAGCCUCCUGAAGCCCACGAUCUUGAGAAAGCAAAGAAAGCAGGAAAAUUCAAGCCAAUCGGUUUCAAGCCUAUAGGUGUGCAAAAGGAUGACAAGAGCAACAAAAAACGUAGCAAGGAAGAGAGCACAAGCCGUGACAAGAAAAGGAAGAAAAGGAAAGUGGAGGGGAAAUCAGGUUCACCCCAACCGACCAACACCGUUCCUCCCCCGAAAGUUGAGCACCCGCCAACUUCUGCAGCAGAAUUCUCGCAAGUUGAUCAAAGGCCUCCAUCUCCACUCGACGACGACAUGGAUAUUUUUGCGGGGGCUGGUGACUAUGAAGGCUUUGCUGGGGACGGUGACAGUGAUGAAGAUGGUUUAGACUCAGCUCACAAGACCGAAUCGGAGCAUGGUCCCAAUGUUGUCCAUCCUUCAUCCGAACAAGCUCGUUCCAGAGGAUGGUUUGGAGAUGAACACGAUGACGAAGGAGCAAUACAACCGCCAGCACCCACGGAGAGUGCUACACCUCAGUUGCCUCCAUCGACCCAUACACCUCAGGUGGAUGAAGAGGAAGAGGAAUCCUUACGUCUCAAACCAUUAGAGUCAUCCGCAUUACCCUCAAUCCGCGAUUUUCUUGCGAUGGAUGCUGCUGCUGAGAAGGAGGAUAAGAGGAAAGCCCGCAAAGAGAAACGGAAAACCAAGAAGAAAUCUGACGGGGAUGAUGACGACUGAUGCUGUGUAGUUACAACGUUGUUAUAUACCCGUGCAACAUUGGUCAUGCAUAUGAUGGAUAAUCGAUAGACAAUGCUUCAUAUUUUACCAUCAUUAUGUGGACUCGCAAACAAAAAGUUUCCGCGAGACUUGUAGUGCGCGAACCCGAGCCGUGAAUCCAUUCCAUCAAUUGUCCGCUUCUUCAUCUCGCUUGCCCAAGUGAUAUCUUUCAACGGUGGAGCAUUCAAGGAUGCUCCAAGCAGCCCAAGAAUGAGCGCAAGGAUGCUUUCAUACACAAUCUACUCCGUAUUUCAUUUGAGAGUGUUUUGCUCGAGGUGGUGGGUUGACUUACAUCUAGAGGUAAUGAUCCCUCAG